CACGGCUGAUCAAUUACUUGAAGACACAACUUAAGUCAGUAUUUUCUACAACGCUGUAUGAGACGUGCUAUCUUACAGCGAAGCGGAUUCUCGUGUAGUCAAGAGCCCUUCAGCAACAAACAAAGGAGCGCAAUAACGCUUAGAAGUCCUUGGAUUCCUCCAGACUACAAAAUUCGAUCCAGAGUUGUACGUGAUAGUGUGUUGUUUGGUGGUUAAUCCAUUACACUGUCAUAAAGGUGGUACAACAAUCAUCUUACAGUCGACUUUCUCAGUUAUACGAGAGGCAGAUUCAGAAGUCGUACCUUCGUUCCAUAGCCAUGGACGAUCUUAUUGAAACGGCACUUUUUCGUGUAGAACCCGAAUUGGUCGCCGAACUUCACGAACGGGACGAUGAGGAGAUCCUGGCUUUCGCGGGGCUUCAUGAGGAUACUGUCGACAUGCAACCCGAGUUGUACAUCUUCACAUGUUACCUCCUUUACACCAGGACGCGCUUAGCAGAACAUCUGGAGAAAGCAAUAUUACUCACUGAAGGAUGGCUGGCUGUAACAGAUGAAGAAGAUGUUGACCGUCUCCGCCGGUCUGAAAUUUUCGACAUGUUAUCAGCCAACAUGUGUCAACAUAAUGAACGUACAGCCCAGAGGAGCCAGCUUGAACACGCGAUUGGGGAGGCACGGCAUGAACUUGGAAGCAACGAAGAAGACGAUGCAGGUCGAGCGGACGCCUCAGAGAAACUAGCUUCCCUGCUCUAUACCCAGUAUACACAAAACAAGGAGAUUCCAGACCUCGAAGAAGCUAUUCGAAUGACGCGACAAGCAGUUGAUCUUACGCCCACCAACCACGACAAUUACCCGCGAAGGCUGCAAAAUCUUGCUGCUCUCAGUUACAUGCAAUUCCAACGCACGGGAAAGCUGGAAGAUAUGAACAGAGUAGCUGAGGCGGCACAGCAUAUGAGCAACAGCAACGGCCGAAUCAUGUCAGUGGAUCAACAGUCUUCAGAUGUCAUGCGCAACUUUUCCGACGCCAUGCACGCCGUACGCCAAAAGGGUGUGGAGACGAUCGAAGAUACCGAACGAUUGAUCUAUCUAACGCGGCAGACACUUGAUGUCGUGCGUGAUACCGACUUUGCCCAUGCGGGUAUGUUGAACUACCUCGGAUCCAAACUUCGCAAACGAUAUGUGCACACGAAGAACGUCCAAGACCUUGAAGAAGCGAUUCAAGUGCUACAACAAGGGAUCGAUCUAACGCCAGUCGGUCAGCCGCAACUUAUGUUGAUGGUCUGCGAGUUGGGUAUCACACUCAGUGUUCGGUACAAAGAAUCAAAAGACCCCAGCGAUCUUGAAAGAAUGGUUCAACUUGCACAGCAAGCUAGCGAUGUUCCGCAAACCAGUAAUCUGGAGCUUGCUGAGUGGCUCAACGACUUGGGCGGCAUGCUCUAUGUCCAGUAUGAGCAAACAAAAACACUGCAAGAUCUCAAUGCAGCUAUUCGCGUGAUGCAGCAAGGCAUCAUGAACACGAGUCACCCUGAUAUUGGAAACCUGCUUAGAAAUCUUGGACAUCUGUACUAUACGCGGUACGAGCAGACGCAAGAUACGAAGGAUUUCGACAUGUCUCUUCAUUUCGUGCAGAGAGCACUUGACUCCUCGCAUGGUGACGACUCAAGUCUUCAACGGACACGAAACUAUCUGACGAAACUUGUACAUGCUCAAUUUGAACGUACACAGUCGACAGAAGAGCUCGACAAGUUAAUCCGAGCCUGCCAGCAGGCAAUUGAAGCCACCUCUAGCGAUGAUGCAGAUCGAACAGACAGGCUGGAUUACCUUGGUUUCUUGCUUGGAGUCCGAUGUGGGCUUACAAAGAACGUUAACGACAUCAAAGAAGCCAUUCGUGUUACCAAAGAAGGGAUUAAUCUCGCGCCCAGGAGUCCUUUGCCCUUCAAACAGAGACUUGCCAGGUUGAGCCACCAGCUCUGGGAUCAGUGCGAGAGCGUGUUGAGUGCAGAAGAGCUGGAAGAACAAAUCCAGGUAUCGCGAAUGGUCGUCAAUUUUCCACACGAUAACACUGAAGAUAUCGCAUACGCGCAAGCAAAUCUGAGUGUCCGGAUAGGUAGUCUGUACAGACUCACUGGGGAGCCGGCGGGCAUUGAAGAAGCAAUUCUCUGGGCACAACGUGCUGUUGACAGUGCAUCCGAAACGCAUCCAGAUCUCCGAACUCUCCUCGAUAACCUUGGAGCCUUGCUCGCUCUACGUUAUGAGCAUCAACAUGACAUUGAGGAUCUCGAACGAGGGAUUUACCUCACGCGGCAGGCGAUCAAACUCGAGACUGGCAGGGGCGUGGCCUACGCAGGAUUGCUGAACAACCUCGCGACCAAGCUGAGCCGCCGGCACGUACGCAAAGCGACUAUGGGCGACCUCAAUGAAGCAAUACGUUUUGCGGAAGAAGCACUAGAGAUCAUGCCUGUGGAGCAUCCAGAACAUGGAAUAGUGCAGAACAAUCUCUCAGGCUUCCUUUUGCACCGAUUCCAACGCUUGCAAAACGACGAAGACUUUGAAAGGGCGAUGCAGCUUACAACAGAUGCCCCACUGGACUCUCACCUAGCCCAUGCAUGGCAUCACGCCUUGGGAACUCAACUCAAUAAUCGAUAUAUGCGCAAAGGGAACGAAGAAGAUGUUGAAAAAGCGAUCAGUGAGCUUCGCAAGGCUCUCAACCUCACAACUGACGAUCAUCGAAAUCGCGCAACCUUAUACCAUGAGCUCGGCAAUAUCUUUGGUGUUCGGUUCCUGCGGUCUGCAAGGGAGAGCGCCUACCUUGAAGAAUCAAUUCGAAACCACGAAAAAGCGGUGGAUAUCGUUGCGAAAGACCAUGCGGAUCUAGGUUCGUUCCUGUUCGCUAUGGGCAUUUCACUCAGGCUGCGAUACGAGCAGACAGGGAAGCCUGGAGAUCUCGAGAAUCUGAUUCGUGUGAACAUACGAGCUUGGGAAUGCAAAAACGCCAGGCCUUUCGUUCGUAUACAAGCCUCCAUUUCUGCUCUUGAAAUGCUUCAGUGGCAAGAGAAGUUUGAGGUGGCGUACAAUCUUGCAGUAGAGACUCUGGAGCUACUGCCUUAUGUUCACGGCCGAUUCUUGAACCACGAGGACCAACAAUAUGUCGUCCGCCACUUUUCAGGGUUGGCGACUUCUGCCUGUGCUCUUGCUCUUCAACUAGGAAAGGAACCAGAGGAAGCCCUAAAGUUGCUGGAACAGGGCCGUGGACUCAUUCUUGGUCUCCUGAUGGACGAUCGGAGCAAUACCUCCCCAUUGAAGGAAGCUCAUCCAAACCUCAGUGAGAGAUACGAGAGCCUCAGGGCCAACGCAAACAAGCCUACUGAGUAUGCUCAAGAGAACCAAGAGAAACUCUCACACGGGCGUGAAAAUGAGCUCGAGGAACUCAUCAUGGAGAUCCGCCAGCAGCCCGGGUUCGAGAGCUUCUUACUCCCUCCGAGCGGAGGACUGUUGCUAAGUGCUGCAGAGAACGGUCCGGUUGUCGUGAUCAACGUCAGCGGAUUCCGUUGUGAUGCAUUCCUCAUCAGGUUGCAUGACGUCCAAGCUUUGCCGUUACCAGAUCUUACUGAACAGGAGUUGAGAGCGAAGGCUCGUGGGUUUCUUAAAACUCACGAAACCCUAGCUUGGUUGUGGGAUGCCGUUGCCAGUCCCGUUCUGAGUGCACUAGGUUUUACUGCACCGCCCACUGGUGACGACUGGCCCCACGUAUGGUGGAUCCUUACUGCAGCCUUGAGUAAAUUCCCGCUGCAUGCGGCUGGCAGGCACUUCGUUGGCUCAACUGAAACAGUCAUCGACAGAGUAAUGUCGUCUUACAGCCCCUCUCUCAAAGCAUUCAUUCAUAGUCGACAGAGUUCUGCGCCAAGCAAAUUGUCCAUCGCCCCGGGUCAGGCGCUCCUAGUCGCAAUGCCGGAUGCACCAUCGCUCCCCAUGCUGGGCCAUGCAAAUGAGGAAGUAAUGGUGCUGCAAGCACUCCUCGAAUCAGGACCGCUAGCUCUAAAAACCAUCCAGCCCGGACGAAGCAAGCAGGAUGUUGUCUCGAAGCUACCAAGCUGCAAUAUCUUCCAUUUUGCCGGCCAUGGUAAAACCGAUGACAGAAGCCCGAUUCAAAGCUCCAUAUGCUUGGAGGACUGGAAGACUGAUCCGUUGACAGUAGAUACUCUGCUCAAACUGAGGCUUCACGAGAGUUCACCGUUCCUUGCCUAUCUUUCUGCCUGCGGCACUGGCGAGCUCAGCGACGAGAAGUUUCUUGACGAAAGUAUCCAUUUGAUCAGUGCUUGUCAGCUGGCUGGAUUCCGUCACGUCAUUGGUACACUGUGGGAAGUCGACGACCAAGCUUGCGUGGAUAUUGCAAGGAUCGCAUAUGAAGAAAUAGGUGAGAAUGGCAUGACAGAUGAAUCAGUGUGUCUUGGGCUCCACAAAGCUACCAGAUGGUUCCGCGACAAUCGUUCUUUCACGGCGGCAGCAUUUGGGCGCGAGUGGGACGAGAUUCUAGACGUGAGCGAUACGGAUGAUAAGGUUGAGCAUUUACGUGAUUCAUCCCGAGUAUCAAGAAAGGCUACGAUGCGCAAGAAGGCGCCGCUGCACUGGGUUCCUUACGUUCAUUAUGGCGUUUAGUAUUCAUCGCUUUGUGUCUCCAAUCUGAUGUCACAUCGAGGCUGGCAAGCACUGUACCGUUUACAUAAUUGCGCUUUUCUCUCUACUUGACAAAAAUACGUACACGAAAGUUGAAUGCAGCCCAGUCA